AUGGAGGACGAAGAUACUUAUUUCUACAACAGGGAUAACUUGCAAGACAUCCUAAAAGAGCACCCCGAGUAUAUAAAAGUGUAUUUUAAAGCAACGAGCAAUGGUGAUAAAACGACGCUGAGUCUCAGUAAGAAUUCAGGAGAUCAGCUGUAUCUUGUCAGCAAUAGGGACUACGAUGAUUUGAAAAAGUAUCUGAGAAAAAGGACUAUAGAAGAACAUCCCGCAAAAAAGAAGAAUGACACCUUCCUCAUUGCUGAAAACAAGCCUGAAAUUGCUAAAAAACCAAAACAGCAAAAUUUAUUCAGCUUCAUAAAGAAGUCAGACACAAGGCCGUGA